UCAGCACCUCUGGAAUACUAGAUAAUCGAGCUGUAUUAGUGAACCGUGCGUUAAAUAGAGCCAAGGAAUCCAAUUCUCAUCUUGGAAAGCAGAAACAUUUACUGUUACAGAGAAGAGAGGCCCACGUUGAGUUUUUCACCUCUUUCGCUUUGUAUUUCUUUCUUUCCUUCUUCCCCUGUUAAGUUUGAGCUUCAUUGCAGAUACACAUGCAUGAGUGACACAGCUGGUGGAGUAGGUGGGUUCUUCAAUUUUAUUUUUUUUCCCUUAUCUCAGCAAUUCGCAGGGCAGGUAUGUAUAAGAACCAGUUACAAGAACUAGCACAGAGAAGUUGCUUCAACCUCCCUUCUUAUGCAUGUAUCAGGGAAGGACCUGAUCAUGCACCUAGGUUCAAGGCAUCUGUGAACUUCAAUGGUGAAAUCUUUGAAGGUUCCAGCUAUUGUACCACACUCAGACAAGCAGAGCAUGCAGCAGCUGAGGUAGCGCUUAACACCCUAUCAACAAGGGGUCCUUCAAGGUCUCUGACUGCAAGGGUUCUUGAUGAGACUGGAGUUUAUAAGAACCUUCUUCAAGAAACUGCUCACAGAGCUGGUCUGAACCUUCCUGUUUACACCACAGUGAGAACAGGGCCGGGCCAUCUACCCAUUUUCACUUGCACUGUUGAGCUUGCUGGUAUGAAUUUUACGGGAGAACCAGGAAAAACAAAGAAGCAAGCAGAGAAGAAUGCUGCCAUGGCUGCCUGGUCCUCAUUAAAGCAAAUGCCAAGCUUGGGUUCUUCAUCUCAUACACACAAAGACAGUGAGAGCAGUGAAGAACAUGAGCAGGUAGUUGUCACGAAGGUUUUAUCAAAUUUCAGGCCCAAGGAUGAAAACAAGUCUGCGAGACACAAGGACCAAAGCCAGUUGAGAGGAAGAGUGGUCCCGUGUUACAGGGAUAACAAUAAUGGCUCCAGCUCUUCCUACCAUAACACUUUACAGUAUCAACAAUGGAGAUCAAUGGAUCUACUAUCUGAUUUUUCCUCAAUCUAUUCGACGACCCAAAGGCAGAACCAGAAUCAGAAUUGUUACUCUUCACUUUUCUCUUCUCCCACAGCCUCAAAGAUCUUACAGUCAAAUUCUACCACAGAGAACAAGGCAUUACCCUUCCCAUCAAACAGAGCCAUCCCACCUCCGCUGGAAGAACAUCAAAAGGAUGAAGAAGAGUGGCUCAAUGGGAAAUCAGAGAGCACAGAGAAACCCAUUGAGAAGGGUCUCAGGCAAAGUCCCAGUUAUCAGCGGCCAUACCCAUUGACACGUUACUGUGGGCACCGAACCCAGAUGAGAACCUCCACCUUCCGCCCUGUUUCCGCUUCAAUUGCAGCGGCGCCGACUAGAACUGCAACCAGGGCAUUCCCAGCUCAGGGAUUGGCUCCUGCAGUACACAUUCGAACAGUGAUCCCAGUGUGCGCAGCUCCUCCUGAGAGGCCUCCAUCAUCGAAUCCUUCAACACCACAGAAUAAAGAAGCCUCACAAUCACACCAAUCUUCGGCCGCAGUCUCUGCACAAACAGUAGAAAAAGAGUUUUUAUCGGCGAGCUUAGAGCUGAACAGAUUACAGCUAUGAACAUGAAUGAUAAUAUACUACUAUAUCUUAUCGUUUAUUUGCUUCCUAUGGUCAAUCGUAAUAUUCAAAUCUUUGCUUGAUGAAUUUUAAUGAUUCCUUCCUUUUGAAUCCAUGAUUCUCUUUCAUGGGUUUUGGAAUAGGUUUUGUUGAA